UUAGUGUGAACCAAAUUUGGUAUUGUUGCAAAAACAAGAUUCGUUAUUGCCUGCUACAAAAUGGCAUUAGCGGGGACCGUUUAGGAGAAAAAUCAUCAUCAUAUUCAUCUUCUGAAGCGCACAAAGCAGACAAAGCUACCCCACUUUUCUUACCUUCUCCAACACCCUUUACUUACCUUCCCUUCAAUACCAUCUUUUUUCUCAAAACCCUUUAGGUUUUCUUGAUGAAAGGUACUCUUGGUUUAAUGGGUUUUGGAGGAGUUACUUAUGGGGUUUCAGUUGAUGGCUCAAUUUGUACUCUGUCAAAGGAAGAUAAUAAUGGGGUGUUGUUAUCAUCUGAGGCUUCUUCAUCAUACCCUGAUGAGACUCAACUUGAAUUGGGUCUUGGACUGAGUCUUGGUGCUUCUGCUGAUGUUGCCCUUCCUAAGGCUAAAAAUGGUUCAAGGGGUGGUUAUGCUAAAAUAUUGACACCCAAAAAAGAUUUCCAUUCUUUGGGUUCUAAUUCAUCAUCUUCAUGUUCAUCUUCUUCUGCUAUUAAACCUAAUAAUGCUUCUUGUGGCACUAAGAGAACUGCUGAUUCUAUUUCUCCUCCUCGUUCUAGUGUCAGUCAGGUUGUUGGAUGGCCUCCUAUAAGAACUUAUAGGAUGAACACCCUGGUUAACCAGACAAAACCACCACCCCCAGAAGAAUUUUCUGUGACAAACGAGAAAUGCAAAAGUAAAAAUACUAUCGCUAAUGCUGGGAGCAGCAAGAUCAACAACUUUGCAAAGGAGAAAGGGCUCGUCAAGGCUUCUCUAUUUGUGAAGGUCAAUAUGGAUGGAGUUACAAUUGGAAGGAAGGUAGAUCUGAAUGCACAUAAUAGCUACGAGAACUUGGCACGAACUCUAGACAACAUGUUCUUAAGACCCAGCACGACUGUUUGUGCAAGAUCAUCAAACGUACAGGAGCUAGGUGUCAUGUCAGAAACAACGUCUUCUUCAAGAUUAUUAGAUGGAUCAUCUGAAUUUGUGCUGACUUAUGAAGACAAAGAUGGAGACUGGAUGCUUGUUGGAGAUGUUCCUUGGGAGAUGUUUAUUAGCUCGGUCAAGAGACUACGAAUCAUGAGGACAUCUGAUGCCAAUGGACUCGGUACAUCUCCAAGUUUCAUGGAAAGAAAUGGUGGAAGACCGGGGACUAAGCCUAUAUAGGUCAGACAAAGAAUCUACUUUCAAAAGAUAAAGAGACCUCCAUUUGAAGGAUGAAGUCUAAAAGGAAAUUUUAGUGGAUGGUAAAAUAAUUUUCUGAGUUAACAAAUUGGUCCUAUAUGACCUUAUUGGUUUUUUUUUUUUUUUUUUGGGUCACUUUUCGUGCUUUUUUUACUUCACGGUCUACCCCACUCUCUGGGAGGAGAUCGCUUUUACUGGAUCACAGAAGAUGCCUGUAUAUGUCAUUCACCACGCGAUCUUCAGCAUAAGUUUCAUUUCACCCUUGUGUAGCAUGGAUGUAUCCACUUAUACUAUAUUACAAUGAUGAGCUUGCCGCUCCCUGAAACAGAUGAACACUAAUGUUGUUGAAAGGAAAGUUUGCUAGGUUCAUACUGGGAACCUUUUUUGUUGGUUUUGAUAAAAUCUUUCAUUACUUUGAUGUUUGUAUUUCA